AGAAAGUGAAGACUACAACUUUACAAGUAACCUUUUAUCAAAUUAAACUCACAGGGAAGAUGCGGAGGAACAGCUUAGGCCAACCUCCUGAAUUGAACCUAGUGAUCCUUGAUGCAGAGCUACUGGAAGCAGAGUUCAGUGAAUUCAAAUACCACCUGUCAAAUGCUGGGACACAAGGCAACUCUAUUCCUUGUGGAAAGCUGGAGAACGCUAAUCGCAAUGAUGUUGUGAAUCUUAUAGUGCAGGAGUAUAGCAGUUCAGAUGCCGGGAAGAUUGCAGUCAGAGUGCUACGCAAAAUUAAGCAAAAUGAUCUUGCUGAUCAGCUGAAGAGAAAUCUUCAGGAAGUUCCAGAGGACGUUUCUGCUGAAGGUGGAGCUUCAUCUGGUGCAGCAGCUUCAUCUCCAGGAAUUACAGUGACCAUAAACUCCACCAGUGGAGGAACUGUAAAGGCCCCUGUUGUUCAGGGUGGUGUUUUUCAUGGCCCAAUGAACUUCAGCUAAUGCUCAAGGAUCUAUUUUAUAACAAUGAUUUAAAGGGUUCUAUAUGAGCAAUUCCAAGCACUAAACUCUUAAGUGGCAGCUUUUUAAAGAUGUCAUGGCUAUAUGUGGAAGGUGAAUGACUAAUGACCAGCAACAUUUUUAUUUUGGGAACAUAAUCAUUGUACUUACUUGCCAACACUGGCAAGAAGGGGUGCUGCCAAUGUUUUUAUGACAUAUUCAUUAAAAAAUGUGUACAAUACAUACACAAUUUCAGCCACUUUUUCUUAUCAUACCUGCACUUUGCACCUUCUACAGAAUUCACCAUCUACAGAAAGAAACAGUGCAGAGAAUGAUUAAAGAAUUACACUGACCAAAACUGAUUUUUGAUUUCAUGUAACAAGUAAGUACAAGGGUUGACUCUAAAUGUGUGUUUUCUCUAGCAGUGGUUUGUUUACUGGUUUCAAACAAGUAGUGGUUAAACACAAAGACAUGAGUGAUUUGAGUGAUUAAUUUACAGCAUUUAUGCACUAUUCGAUGAUAUAUGUUAAUGUUAAUGUUUUUUUUUUUUUUUUUUUUUUAAAUCCAUGGCCUCUAUAUAUUUAAAUGCCUUGUAUACCCACUGGUGAUAUAGCUGACUUCAGAAAGAAAAUAAAAUAUUCAACCAUUAACACUGGUGUAAAAUGGUGAAACAUACCAAGUAGAACAUUUCUUAUCCAGUGGACAACUUAAGUACUACAGUCUUGAUCUGACAUUCACAGUUGCAAAUGAGGUUUUUUAAUGUUUAACAAAAAUGUCUAAUGGAAAAGGACUGUUCAUGUGGCAUAUGUGCCAUAGUUCUGUCCUUUAAGCAUAUUACAUUUGAAUUUUUUAUUAAUUUAAAUGAGAGCCUACUGAUAUUAAAAGAAAAAAAAAUUAAGUUUAACUGUGCUGGUUGUAUGAGCUAGCAAUUAGCAAAUUUGUUUGGAAUUGUCAAACCUGCCACUGUUAGCCUUGUUACUUUCCAGAGUAACUAGAGUAAUUAGUUGUCACCCUUUUAUUAAAAAUCAUCUGUCACACAGACAAACAGAUGGGUGCAUGAUCUAAUUAUACCCUUAAAACAUUAGAUCUCUUACCAAUGUAAUGUGCUAAAUCAACAAUGAACUGACAAAAAUGGAAAAAUUGGCUGUUUCUAUUGUCCUCCUACAUUUUCAACACUGUUUUCCUGUUUAACAUUGUAAAGCUGCUUUGACAUAAUCUGUAUUGUAUAAAGCGCUAAAUAAAUAAGAGUGA